ACCUCUCACCAGUGCAAACCAAAUAACUCCAAGUAAAGAUUUUAUUCGCUAUGAAGAUUGUAAGGCGACAAUCAACGACGUUGUCAAUCAAACAGUACAGUGGAAGAUAACAAAAAUUACUAAAAGCUGGCAGAUUAAAUGAAAUUUAAAAAAUAACAUAAUAAGAACCCAAACUAAACAGCUUGAGGACAAAAACGACUUAUUGAAUAGGAUGGAGCAGACUAACAAGAACUUGGAAAGUCGGUUAUUGAAUGCUGAAAGACAAAGCAAAUCGAUGUAUGAGACUCUAACUGACAACAUCAUUAGCCAAGCUAAACAGCUUAGGGACAAAGAGGACUUCUUAAAUACCAUGGAGCAGACUAACAAGAAUUUGGAAAGUCGUUUAGUGAGUGCUGAAAGACAAAGCAAAUCGAUUUAUGAGAAGCUAACUGACCAGAUCAAUACCCAAGCUAAACAGCUCAAGGAAAAUGAUGACUUACUGAGUUCAAUGGCGCAAACUAUUAAGGACUUAAAAAGUCGGUUAGAAACUGCUGAAGGUCAAAGCAAAUCGUUUAUUGAGGAGCGAACUGAAUGUCCCAUUGGCAGUCCAAGUGGCAUUUACAAAAUACAAAUACCCGAAAUAGAAUACUUUGAAGCUCCAUGCGAUGGAGAUGGCUGGUUAACAAUACAAAGGCGUAUGGAUGGAUCCGAGGACUUCAAUCGAACGUGGGAGGAUUAUAAGAAUGGAUUCGGAGAUGUAAGGAAAGAGUUUUUCCUGGGGCUUGAAAAACUUUAUCGAAUAACUGAUGCAGGUCAAUAUGAACUAUACAUUGUGCUUGGCGAUGUUAAUGGAACAUCCAAAUACGCCCAUUACGGUAGUUUUGGGAUUGAUAGCGAAGCAGAAUCGUACAGAAUUAAAGACGUAUAUAACCAUUUCCUAGGAGGUCCAGCCGGACACUCCCUAAUAUAUAAUGCGUGGGACAAGUUUAGCACUUAUGAUCGCGACAACGACUUAUCCAAUGAGAAUUGCGCAGUAAAGCACGGUGGCGGUUGGUGGUACGAUAGGUGUGGAAUCAGUACCCUCAAUGGAUUGUACCUUAAAGAUGGCGUUGUAAGAAACAAAGUGUUUGGCAUUCAUUGGGGUACCUGGUCCCCAAAAGCCUUUGAAUUCUCACUUACCUUUGUUGAGAUGAAAAUUCGUCGUAUUAACCCUGAUCUUUAACUUGGCCAAAGGAGUCCAAUGCUGACUCGGAAAAAUAUAACUAUAUAUCCAUCAGUUAACCAACAUUUAGUAAUUGUAAUUCAUUUUUCCUAGAAGAACCAUAAAAUAAAGCAAUUAAUUUUAGAAAACUA